CUCCCCACUGUUACAGGAUUGCUUCUUCACAAAACCCAUCUCGAUCUGUUUUGUGCAAGCGAGGAACACGAUCAUUUAGAUUCGGGAGCAAAUGGAUGGCAUCCUAGAACGCCUCGCUCUGCCUUGAGAAUUCACCAUGGCGCCCCGCAAGACCCCAGCCAAGGGCAAGGCCGUUGUCAGACCUGCCCGAGAUACGAAUCCAUCUGCUACUUCAAAAUCACGCCGGUCAAAGCUUGCAAAGGAGAACGAUAUCACAGCAGAAGAAGAGGCUGGGAUUAAAGAAGCAUGGAGCCUCUUUUGCUUGGACGAGGUCGAGGAGUACGAAGACGAAAAGGGGGGUGUGAUUCGGACGAGCGACGUGCAGAAUGCGUUGAAAGCGCAAGGUCUCGCUCCCAGCAGUCAAUCACAGAUGCAAGAAUUCAUCGAAACCCUUGAUCCCGAGUCGGAAGGCUACGUGACGUAUCCGCACUUUCUUGCCUUGUGCGCUAUUCAGCUGAAAUCCAAGACCGAUGAGACCAAGGCAGAAGAAGUCGAGACUGCCUUUAAUCUCUUCCAUCCUGGUCAAGGCGCUGGCGGACACGAGCAAGUGAUUCGGCUGCAGGACUUACGGGCAGUGGCCAAAACACUGAAGGAGCAGGUCGAUGACGAUGUAUUGAAAGCCAUGAUAUUGGAGGCGAACGGAGGCAAGGGUGUCGGCAGGGGGGUGAACAUGGACGAAUUCCAAGCAAUCAUGACCCGGGCUGGUGUAUUUCAAUAGCUUGUUGCUGGGGCUAUGGAGGUUUGAUUGAUAUCAAAAUAUCAAACUGUACAGCAAGCGACGAGAUAUCGAGGCACCAAUGUCUCCACACAAAUCAGACCGCAGCCCAUGAUACAGCCACGACAGUAGAGAUCCGUGGAAGUCUCGCGACCAGAUAUUGUCUUCUGGGCGUUGAAUCGAGACCUGAUACUUUUCUAGCUUCCCUGUCCACACUGGCUCGCUUUGGAGCGAAAUUAAACGGCCAGCUCUAGCAUAGAUAGAAGCGAAC